AUGAUACAUCUGGAGGUGGAUACUACGCUACAGGUCUUCGAAUCUCAUUUCAAAGAAAUGAACACGAGAAUCAAUGAAAACUUGUUGAUCACCAGAAAAAGUAUUGAUAAAUAUGUUGACUGUCAAAAGAAACAACAUAGAGUUAUCAUGAAAAAUUCUGUGAUAAAAGGAGCUAAGAAAGAAAUUAACGGUAUACUUAACAAAUAUGGAAACGCUUGA